UUUCACCAAGCACGGUCUCUCUCUCUCUCUCUCUCUCUCUGUGCACGCAACUGCCAAAUGCGAUGGUGAAGGCUUACCUGAGAUACGAGCCGGCGGCGACCUUCGGAGUGAUCGCCUCGGUGGAGUCCAACGUCGCGUACGACAGCUCCGGCAAGCACCUCCUCGCUCCGGCGCUCGAGAAGGUCGGAGUUUGGCACGUGCGACAGGGCGUCUGCGCCAAGACCCUAGCCCCUUCCGCCUCCUCCGCCGGACCCUCCCUCGCCGUCACCGCCAUCGCCUCUUCUCCUUCCUCUCUGAUUGCAAGUGGAUAUGCUGAUGGUAGCAUACGGAUAUGGGAUUUUGAGAAAGGUUCUUGCGAGACGACACUGAAUGGCCAUAAAGGAGCUGUCUCUGUACUCAGAUAUGGCAAGCUUGGAUCUUUACUCGCAUCUGGAAGCAAAGACAAUGACAUUAUAUUGUGGGAUGUGCUAGGAGAGACUGGCCUUUACCGCUUACGAGGGCAUCGUGAUCAGGUUACCGACCUUGUCUUCUUAGAUUCUGACAAGAAACUUGUUAGUUCCUCCAAAGACAAGUAUCUCAGAGUGUGGGAUCUUGAAACACAGCACUGUAUGCAGAUUGUCGGUGGUCAUCACAGUGAAAUCUGGUCCCUGGACACUGAUCCAGAAGAGAGAUAUCUCGUCACAGGGUCUGCAGAUCCAGAAGUUCGAUUUUACACUGUUAAGAAUGAUUCAUCUGAUGAAAGAUCUGAAACAGAUGCAAGUGGGGUUGUGGGCAAUGGUGAUUUAGCUUCUCACAACAAAUGGGAUGUCUUGAAACAAUUUGGCGAAAUUCAGCGACAAAGCAAGGAUAGAGUUGCAACAGUGAGAUUCAACAAGAAUGGGAAUUUGCUGGCUUGUCAAGUGGCAGGUAAACUUGUAGAGGUGUUCCGUGUACUAGAUGAAGCUGAAGCAAAGCGCAAAGCAAAACGCAGGCUUCAUAGGAAGAGGGAGAAGAAAGGGGCAGAUGUGAAUGAAAAUGGAGAUUCCAGUCAUGGUAUUGGAGAAGGACACAACCCCAUGGUGACAGUUUCUGAUGUUUUUAAGCUCCUUCAGACUAUUCGAGCGAGCAAAAAGAUUUGUUCUAUUUCUUUCUGUCCUGUAACUCCUAAGAAUUCGUUGGCCACACUGGCAUUGUCAUUAAACAAUAAUCUAUUGGAAUUUCACUCCAUUGAUGCCAAUGGAACUAGUAAAAUGGUAACUAUUGAGCUUCAAGGACACCGCUCUGAUGUCAGAAGCGUCACCCUUAGUUCUGAUAAUACCCUUCUUAUGUCUACUAGUCACAACUCAGUAAAGAUUUGGAACCCAAGUACAGGUUCCUGCUUGCGAACAAUUGACUCCGGGUAUGGGCUUUGUGGUUUAAUUGUUCCUCAGAAUAAGUACGCACUUGUUGGAACAAAAGGUGGAGCCAUAGAAAUAUUUGAUGUUGGGAGCGGCACUUGUAUGGAAGUGGUAGAAGCUCAUGGAGGCUCUAUCCGGUCGAUUAUGGCUAUACCAAACCAAAAUGGUUUUGUUACUGGCAGUGCUGAUCACGACAUUAAAUUCUGGGAGUAUGGUAUGAAGCAGAAACCUGGUGAAAAUUCGAAGCGCCUAACUGUGUCAAAUGUCAGAACUCUGAAGAUGAAUGAUGAUGUUCUUGUGGUUGCUGUGAGCCCAGAUGCUCAAAAAAUUGCUGUUGCACUGUUAGAUUGCACAGUGAAGGUUUUCUUCAUGGAUUCUCUGAAGCUUAUACAUUCCUUAUAUGGGCACAGGCUUCCUGUGCUAUGCUUGGAUAUCUCAUCAGAUGGAGAUCUAAUUGUAACUGGCUCUGCAGAUAAAAAUCUGAUGAUAUGGGGAUUGGAUUUUGGUGACCGCCAUAAGUCCAUUUUUGCACACGGAGAUAGUAUCAUGGCAGUGCAGUUUGUGGGCAACACACAUUAUGUGUUUAGUGUAGGUAAAGAUCGGCUUGUAAAAUACUGGGAUGCUGACAAAUUCGAGCUUCUUUUAACACUUGAGGGACAUCAUGCUGAUAUUUGGUGCCUUGCAAUUAGUAACCGUGGUGAUUUUUUGGUCACUGGAUCUCAUGAUCGUUCAAUACGCCGUUGGGAUCGUACGGAAGAACAAUUCUUCAUUGAGGAAGAAAAAGAGAAGAGGUUGGAGGAGAUGUUCGAGUCUGACCUUGAUAAUGCAUUUGGGAACAAGUAUGAACCCAAGGAAGAAAUUCCAGAAGAGGGUGCUGUGGCCUUAGCGGGAAAGAAGACUCAAGAGACACUCUCAGCAACUGAUUCGAUUAUUGAGGCAUUGGAUAUAGCUGAAGUGGAGUUGAAACGAAUUGCCGAACAUGAGGAGGAGAAAAUCAAAGGAAAGGCUGCAGAAUUCCAGCCAAAUUACGUGAUGCUUGGGCUUUCUCCCUCUGACUUUAUUCUUCGUGCUCUUUCAAACGUUCAAACUAAUGACCUUGAGCAGACAUUACUGGCUUUACCUUUCUCAGAUGCUUUGAAGCUCCUAUCUUACCUGAAGGAUUGGACAACAUACCCUGAUAAGGUUGAGCUUGUUUCAAGGGUUGCUACAGUGCUUCUACAGACACAUUACAAUCAGUUGGUUUCAACCCCAGCUGCCAGGCCUUUGUUGACUACACUAAAGGACAUUCUUCACAAGAAAGUCAAGGAAUGUAAAGACACGAUUGGAUUUAAUCUUGCAGCAAUGGACCAUCUUAAGCAACUGAUGGCCUUAAGGUCGGAUGCACUCUUUCAAGAUGCCAAAGCGAAGUUGCUGGAAAUUCGCUCGCAACUUUCCGAACGACUGGAAGAAAGGACAGACCCAAGAGAAGUGAAGCGCAGGAAGAAGAAACAGAAGAAAUCCAAUAGCAUGCAUGCCUGGCCAUAAGGCAUGCCAUGAGGUCUCAGUAACGAGGAUUUGCCAGUUGACGAAUCCGGGAAUUUUUUGCCACAAUGUAACCAUCGUAGCACUCGUCAUCUAAUUAUGGUAAAAGGGAGUUAUAGAUAUCAGUUUUGGCGGAUGUUGAGUGUAUAGAAUGUUGUGAAAUAGCAAAUGAUAAUCUCUCUUCCUGCUUUUUGGCAAUUGAACUUUACAUUCCCAUGCUUAAUUGUUUGGACAUUUUGGUAACCUAUAGUUUAAUUACGAUCAUGUAUUGGUGAA